AUGAGUGAGCCGACGGACAGUUCAAUAUCUCAAUACACAAGGGACAAGGUCGGGUUUUGUUUUUUUGGAUAAUUUUACUGUUUGAGUGGCUGUUUCUGUCAUAUUUCUAUGAUUUUUACUUGGUAAAUUAAUAAUUGAUAAUUUGAAGGCAAGCAGGACACGAAUAGCCGUUGAAUCGUACUACGCACACCGCGUGACACAAUGCGCGGAGCGAGAAAAUCGGCUGAAAAAGCUGGAGGAAGAAAUGGCGGCGAAAGGUUCGAAAACUGCCGUAAAAAGGAUCGAAAUUGUCAAAUAUUUAAGGAUACGAAGAUGAGGAAAAAGAAGAAAGGAAGCAGAUCCAUUUCAAUAAGGAAACCGACUAUCUUCGCUUGAAGAGAACUCGUCUGGGCGUGGAAGAUUUCGACAGCUUGAAAGUUAUCGGACGAGGAGCUUUUGGCGAGGUGAGGUUUUUUCUGAUUUUAAGGCUCAUUUCUAUCUUCUUAUUUGAAGCUCAAAAUUUUGAAAAAAACAAAUAGAGUGUCGUUUUAGGAUCCGAUUUUUUUGGAGGAAUCACACGGCACCUUUUUGCGUUUUCCAUUUUACUUUUUUUGGUAAAAAUUUUUGUGAAAUAAUAAUUCUUAGAGUAUCACUAAUCAUGAGGAAAAGUCUGCAGCUAAUUGUGAAUAAACUAUAAAUGUUUUCAGCUGACAAGAAAAUUCAUUUCAUUCCGCUUCCUUGACUUUUUUCGAUUUUAUUCAAAUUUUUGCGGCCAUUUUCAAAAGAACAUGACUUGCAUGAAAUCUUACUUUAUAUAAAAUUGACUUCUCAUUCUUUUUUGAGCACAGUCCUAAAAUAAGUUAGGGUAUUGAAAAAUAUACAACUUUCUGAAUCCAUUUUCAGGUGCGUCUUGUGCAAAAACUGGACACUGGUCACAUCUACGCUAUGAAAAUCUUGAGAAAGAGCGAAAUGGUUGAAAAAGAACAGGUUGAUCCAUAUCUGCAUGCGAAAAAUUCAACAAUUUGAAUUACAGACCGCACACGUGCGAGCUGAGAGAGACAUCUUAUCAGAAGCGGAUUGCGAAUGGGUCGUCAAAAUGUACUAUUCUUUCCAAGAUUAUUCUAACCUCUACUUGGUGAUGGAGUUUUUACCGGGAGGUAUUUUUCCUUUUAAAAGUGUCUAAUGAAUUUAAAUGGUUUAGGUGAUAUGAUGACACUUCUGAUCAAAAAAGACACUUUGACGGAGGAAGCGACGCAGUUUUACAUUGCCGAAGCUGCUCUCGCUAUUCAGUUCAUUCAUAACUUGGAUUUCAUUCAUCGGGAUAUCAAACCGGACAAUUUGUUGCUGGACGCCAGGGUGAUUUUUUUUUAAAUAUCACUUCAUAGCUUAAAAGCGUUGGUUUUUUUUAAAUUUUUUGUUAAGAAGGUGAUCAAAAGCAAAGUCGAAAAGGGUAGAAAAAGCUUUAUAAAAAUGAUCCCUUAAGAUGACAAAAGUUUCUUUUUUGCUGCCCAUUUGCGUAUUUCAUCGGCUUUUGUGCGUCUUUUUUGCCGUUUUGCAGCAUUUCUUGAGCUCUUGAAAUCCCGAAAAAAAAAUGAGGGACUCGAUAAACGGGUCCUUUUUGCUGCCUUUCCAGAGCCUUUUUUGAGCUUCUUCCUGUCAGCGGCCGUUAGCCACCAUUCCGACUUUGCCCAAGUUGAUUUUUUCCUAUAUAGGUUUUUCCGACAGUAACAGAUCGUGGUUUCUAAAAAAAUUAUCAAAAAAUUUUACAGGGGCAUAUAAAACUGUCUGAUUUUUGGUCUCUGUACGGGUCUCAAGAAGUUCCAUCGCACCGAGCAUUACAGGUAUUUUCAGAACUUUUAUUUUUUUCCCAUUUUUCAUAAUAUGUGAAACAGCGUUUAAUGGUUUGAAAAGUCUUAGUUGCUCUGAGAUCUAGAGGUUCUAAUUUUGUUAUUUCUUUUUGUAGUCACACCUAACUUUUGAAACCUUUCUUUCCAAUGUGAAAAUUUCAAUCGCUCACAUUUAUCAAGUUCUUGAAUUUUCAUAGGAAAGAGAACUAAAAAUAAUCAACAGUACUUUUUUCAGAAAUUGGCCCUCAACUUUACCUCCGGAUUUCAUCUCAAAACCCUUUGAAUCAAAAAGAAAAGCCGAGACUUGGAAGAAAAAUCGCCGAGCCUACGUGAGUGAAUCACAGAGAUUCUCAAAAAAUCUUGUCAUUUCAAGGCUUAUUCGACAGUUGGAACUCCAGACUACAUCGCGCCGGAAGUUUUCCAACCUAACGGGUACACAAAGAGCUGUGAUUGGUGGAGUCUUGGAGUGAUCAUGUAUGAAAUGCUUAUCGGUGAGUUUUGCUGAUAUUUAUUGAAAAAUGAAUAAGUUAAUUUUAGGAUAUCCUCCUUUCUGUUCUGAGACGCCUCAGGAAACGUAUCGGAAGGUUAUCAACUGGCAACAGACGCUUGUUUUCCCAGCUGAUACUCCGAUCAGCGUUGAAGCUAAAGCUGUGAGUUUUUGAUUACUUCAAUAUACUUUUUUGAGCUUUUUUUUUCAAAAAAACUGUUCAGCACAGUGUGAAAAAUCGAAAAAAGAAAUUAAUUUUGAUUCAUUCCCGAGAACUUCCUAACAGUGGGGUCAUUUUACUGUGCGGUUGGGAAUUUUUCGAAAGUUGGCCAGAACCUUUUUUUGAUGUUUCAGUUGAAGAUCCCGAAAGUUUUAAUCUGCACAAAUUCCUAUUUUUCGAGAAAUAAAAGCCCAAAGUCUUGAAAUUGCCUAUUAUUAUGAGUUUUGAGGGUUUUUUUUUUGACUCCGAAGCGUCUUUUCCGAAAAACAAGGAAAUUGGGCGACUUAUAGAAUAUUUUUCUUGUACAUCAAGAAAUUUUUCUGCCAAUUUGCAGAGAAAUCCCAACCACAAGUCAAAAUGAGUUAUUUUGUGAACCAUGAUAAAAAAAUUUUCCCGCACACAAUUAUUUCAAUUUUCAAUCGGUUUUUUGCAGACGAUCAAACGUUUCUGUUCUGAAUUCGAGCGCAGAUUGGGAAAUCAAGGAGGCUUGGAUGAAAUCAAACAGUGUCCAUUCUUCCGAAGGAUCGACUGGAACCACAUCAGGUCACAUUAACCCAUUCAAAUAUUGAAAUCAAAUAAUAAACUUCCAGAGAGAAGCCGCCACCGAUUCGUGUAGAAGUGAAAAGUAUUGACGACACGUCCAACUUCGAUGAUUUCCCGGAUGCCGAUCUCAAAUGGCGUAUGUUUUAAUUUUGAUAGUGUCAAAUUUUUUUUUUCUCAUAACCUUUUUCCUGUGAUUUCAGCGGCUAUCGACAUCCGCCGCCCAGAAGAUCAGCCAGGUCGUAGAGGAGAGUUUGUCGACUUCACGUACAAACGAUUCGACGGCUUGACCCAAAAAAAUGCGAUACAGUGA